AUGGAAAAUUACCAGGUCGUCUCAGAAUACCGUCGAGAAUCCAUCCAAGAGGCCGUUCAACAAUUCUCACAGAUCUGUGCUUCCCCACUUUUCCCAGAGCCUGAAAAAGUGUUAAAAGAGCUAAACGAACUGUACAUCUCCUUCCGUGAUUCUCCCCCAGAAGAAGCGCCUCAAGUCCUCUGCCAUGGCCAGCUGACGGCAGACAAUUUGCGGUUUGAUGCGAAUGGCCGAUUGCUGUCGAUUGUCGACUGGGAGAAUGUCCAUUUCGGCCACCCGGCCUACGACCUGACGACGCUGAUCAUCUCCUCGGCAUCGGCUUCCGUGAGAAGGGACCAUUUCAUGAAGGUGUUCCGCACCUAUUUCUACACCCUCAUCGACAUCCGCGCCCAAAAGUUCAAGCUCAGCGACUUGAAGCAAGCCUUCCGACGUCAUCAUCUUGACGCUGUACUCCAGGGGUUGCCGAUUUUGAUCGAGCAAAUUUGUUCAUCUACCAUAUUGGAAGCCGAUAAGCAGCGUUCUGCUCAUCGUUGGGCUGGAGCACUCCACGACGCGUACGCCUUCCACAGCGGCGACUUCAUCAGCGACGACGAGCAGUGUUUCUUUGCGAAA